GAGGUGUAGCGAAUCAUGAAAUUUCGACGAUCGCUGGACUGUAUUGUUUGUAAAUUCGGGGUACAUUCCCCCGCGCGUUGCAGUAGAUCUGUCGAUCGCGACACCCCGCUGGAGUUGGCGCGCCACUAGACCUCGGGAAUGAUCAACCGGCAAUUUAUCCAUCAAUGUAAGGAACGACUAAGAGACUGCCGGAAACACUGUGAUGAUGCCAUAUUCGUAUCCUUGAGAGUACAAGAUGGUGUCUGUAGCUGCACGAGCUCUUCAAGUCCAUUAUCACGAUGCUGGCCUCCCAUUCGCUGGCAUCAACAUGGCUUUUGGCCGCGCUGGUGGCCGUCGUCGACUGUAAGAUCGAUCGCGAGUCUAUUAUACGACAGUUCAAUCUGCGACUGAACCAGUCACACGCAUAUAGCCCAGUCCAAGUUGGGAACGGCAACUUUGCCUUUGGUGCCGACGUCUCAGGUCUGCAGACGUUCCUCCCGCACAACACGCUGUCAUCGUGGGGUUGGCACAACUCGUCUCUGCCAACUACGCCUAACCAGACCGCGAUUUCCGACUUUACUGGUCAGGACUGGUGGACACAUGGUCGACUCGUGAACUACAACCAACCCAACCCUGCGGAGAAAGACAUUAGUCAGUGGCUCAUCGCGAACCCGCAUCGUAUCAAUCUUGGAAGGAUCGGACUUUGGUUCGGAGGCAAGAAUGUAACAGAAGACGAGCUCACAGAGCGAACUCAGACACUGGACCUUUGGGAGGGAACAAUCUCGUCUUCUUUCUCGUGGCACGGCAAGAGCGUGACAGUAAAGACCAUUGCCAGCCCGGAAAUAGACACGAUUGCUGUAACGAUCACUUCUGAGCUUUUGGGCAACGGAGAAUUGGGUGUCUUUUUUGACUUCCCGUACGCCAGCGGGAAAAACAAAUUUGACGCGCCCUUCGUGGGACUGUUCAAUGCCACGUCCAACCACACUACGACGUUGACGUCUAGGAAGAACAGCGCCACCAUCACGCAUACGCUUGACGCAACUACGUAUGACACAGAGAUUCGAUGGGAAAGCGAAGGUCGCAUACAGCGGACAAAUAACGAAACCCAUUCCUACGUGCUCACUGGGAAGGACUCUGAAACGUUCGCUUUUACCGCGACCUUUGCGCCCAAGGCGGCAAACAGUCAAGGGUCAUUCCGAGACGUGAAGAAAAGUGCGAAAGAUUGGUGGAAGAAGUACUGGUCUACUGGCGCCUUUAUCUCUCUUCCAAGUGCGACGAAUUCUUCGGCCAAAGAAUUGCAGCGCCGCAUUGUGUUGACGCAAUAUCUGCUGGCUGUGAAUGGGGCUGGUAAAGACCCUGCACAAGAGUCCGGACUUGUCAACAACGGUUGGUACGGCAAGUACCAUUGUGAAAUGAUCUUCUGGCAUCUCGCUCAUUGGACUGUAUGGAACAAGUGGGACCUUUAUAAUCGCACUAUUGGAGUCUAUGAAAGAUUCUUGCCAUCUAGUUACGACCGAGCAAAGCAUCAAGGCUACCAAGGGGCACGCAUAGGCAAGAUGCAAGAUGAUAACCCAAGUGGUUGGUCCGCACCUGGCGAGAUCAAUUCCCUCCUGAUCUGGCAGCAGCCCCAUCCGAUGUGGUUUGCAGAGAUGGAGUACAGAAAAUCUCCGACGCAGAAGACACUCCAGAAGUGGGACAGGGUCUUGGCUGGCGUGGCUGACUUCAUGGCCAGCUAUGCCUGGUACAAUCAGUCUACGAAAGUGUAUGACCUGGGGCCGCCAAUGUACCCAGUCUCGGAGAACACCAACCCUAACCAAACGGUCAACCCAACAUUUGAAUUGGCGUAUUGGCGCUUUGGUCUGGAUGUUGCGGCGAAAUGGAAGGAGCGGCAACAUCAGGUCGUACCCGCAAGCUGGCGUACCGUAAAGGACAACCUUGCCUCAUUUCCGAUCCAAGACAACGCAUACGUUCUCUAUGAAGGCGUUGAGGACAUGUGGACAUCACCCGAAAUAGCAUCAGAUCAUCCGGGGUUCUUAGGUCUCUACGGUUGGCUACCACCGGACCCUCGCCUCAACUUGACAGUGUUCCAGAACACUGUGGACAAAGUGUACGCUUCGUGGGACUUGGCGAACCUCUAUGGCUGGGAUUUCCCGCUUAUGGCCAUGGCAGCAGCUAGAUUGGGUGACGGCGAGCAAGCAGUUCGAUGGCUGUUAGACGUGAACAACCAGGUCAAUGAGCUCGGCAUGCCCGAGGGAGGGAACAGAGUCGCAACGCCAUAUUUCCCUGCUAGUGCAGGGAUGCUGCUUGCUGUCGGAAUGAUGGCUGGAGGAUGGGAUGGCCUUGCAGGGUCUGUCUUUCCAGAGGAUUGGGAUGUCGAAGUUGAAGGAUUCCAGAGAUCUAUGUAGCCAAACUCGUGGAAUGGCGGGCAGUUCGAAGAUUCAUAAUAUAGAAACGCAUGAUGC